GCAACUCGGGACAAGAUAGUUUAAAAGCGAUGGGCGAAGACUCGUCUUCGUGCUACCUGAAUUCCUUUGCGCGAUGCUCGCUGUCUCGUUGCUCAUUCUUUCUUGGGGUUGUUGCAUGGUAUGCUCCGAUCCACUACCUGUCCCAUGGAGGAGAUUGACGCUUGUUGGAAAACUGGGCUCAUGGAAAGGAGACGGUUCAUCGUACCCAUCGGACUCAUCACGCUUAGAAAAGAUUUAUGGGGCUGAGUGGAAUUCUACCUUAAACAAUAUGUGGCAGACGUUUAUGACAAAGUACAGGAGGGUAUACCGCAGCAAGUAUGAGGAAGAACAAAGACUCGGGAUUUUCACUGAAAACUUCAUCAGAAUUAGCGAACACAAUGUACUCUUCGAGAAUGGCCAAGUCACUUACUCUAUGGGCAUAAAUGAAUUCAGCGAUAAAACCCGCAGCGAGUUGGCUGUAUUGCGCGGCUUUCGCCAUAGUGUCGAAACUCCGAGGUCGGGGUCGCCGUACAUCCCUCUUAACGUAUCACCGCCCUCGGAGAUCGACUGGCGCACGAAAGGCGCUGUUACUCCGGUGAAAAAUCAGGGCAAUUGCGGAUCGUGUUGGGCGUUCUCUGCUACUGGUGGAAUAGAGGGUCAGCACUUCAUGGCAACGGGUCAACUUGUCAGCCUUUCAGAACAGCAGCUUGUUGACUGCAGUAGUCGCAACCACGGAUGCAAUGGCGGUCUGAUGGACCUCGCGUUUGAGUAUGUGAAGGAGUCUAAGGGAAUAGACACGGAACUCCACUACCCCUACGUUUCUGGUACUACUGGUUAUGCUAAGCAGUGCAGUUUCGAUGCCAAGUAUGCUGCUGUAAAUGUCACCGGAUACAUCGACAUACCAGAAGGCAAGGAGCUUCUUCUGCAGCAGGCUGUUGGAAUUCACGGCCCCGUAUCCGUAGCAAUCAACGCUGGGCGCUCUAGCUUUUGGGCCUAUGAGUUCCACGUUCGCCGGUACCAUGACUGCUUGAGGGUUACUUCCUACUACCUGGAGCACAACCAUCCACGCAGCAAGUUUAUUUUUGACAGGCUCCCCAUCAACCGGCGACUGACAAAUGAUGAAUUAAAGGAGUGUUCUACCCUUUUGAAAUACGGUGCUCCGUCAUCGGAGAUUCGGCAGUACGUCGCCGACCACUUUGGAAAGGUACUCACUAUCAAGGAUGUGCGUAACUAUCGCGUCAAGUGUCGACCCCCAUUGUUAAAUGACAUGUCGUCCAUCAUAGCCAAGUUUCGAGAGUGCGGUCGCGUGCUGCUGGUGGAAUCGGAGGGUGGCAGAUAUAGUCACCUGUGCUUUUCUCGAACGCAGCAGAUAGCACUCUUUAGACGUUUCCCGGACGUUGUAAACGUUGAUGCUACACACGGUACUAACCGUCUUGGUUACAAGCUUUAUACAUUCCUUGUGACAGAUGGCAUGGGGAUCGGUCGACCCGUAAUGUAUGCCUUUGUCGAAAGCGAGCAUUUUGCGCCAUUGCGCAAGCUGUUCAGCUUGUUCAAGGAUAUGAUGGGUGGACAAUAUGCAGUCAAAACGUUCGUCAUGGACAAAAUGACUUCACAGAUGCGGGCUGCCAAAGCUGUAUUUGGCUGCGACGUAAUGCUGUGCUAUUUUCACGCACGGCAAGCCAUCCGGAAGCACACAAUUUCCAACCACAGUCGACACAUAUUCCACCGCAUGGCUCGCUUUGAUAAUGCAGCUGAAUUUCGCCACGAUUUGCAAAUCUUGAGGCGAACAGAUCCCAGUUUUGUCUCUUAUUUGACUGCCCACUGGCUCCACAUCACUCGAAAGUGGGCCAUUCAUGCACAACGUGGGUUGGUACAUUUUGGGAAUGUGACCAACAACCGCCUGGAGAACGCCAACGGGCGUUUGAAGAGGCGCGUGCAUCACUCAGAUAGCCUAGAGCAUGCCGUUCUGAAGGUCGCUCAUCACAGCGAAUGGCUAAUGCGGGAAUAUGAAAUGCACACCACUUAUUGUUGUGACCGUCGAGAAAUUCGGGAGGGAGAUAUCUACGUUCUACGUGUGGUUUCCCGGAUGACGACAUACGCCGCUAAUCAGGUUCUCAGGCACAUUGGAAUAUGCACGCCAAAUCUGCUAUACAAGCAGACAGAUCGCUUCAAGAGGCCACUCGUUCCCAUGCGGUGGCUUGCCGAAUAUAACCUACCGGAGGAAGGAGUACCUUUAUCUCUGGUUCCAAAGCCAGAUCCAUCACCAAUAGAGCAUUUGCACAAGCAGCUUGAUCGGUUGGUUGGCAAACUGAAGCUGCUGGAUCCGCGUAAGGCUGCUGGGUGCAUGAAGCGUCUGAUUGUCCAAAGCCAGCUGAUGUUGCGUCAAAAUGCAAUUAGUGCACAGGACAACCAGCCUCUGAUGGCAACCGCAAACAACCACGGUGGCGUUCGACGUCAAACGACGCUGUUCCCUGUGGUCUCUGUGGCCAGCCAACUGACCCUGCUGAUUGGUGGUGUCAACGUGAUCGACUUCCAUAUCACCGUUAUUGCUGCGGCAAUGAGCCCUGCCCGCUGUGUGGAGAAAAUCUUCAGGCGCGUCCACCAAUUGCCGAUCAGUCUACCUACCGUUCAGCUAAAAGAGCUUGCUUUGAUGUUGAUCUUGAUCGGUCCAUGGAGGACAAGCCGAACUGAUGAAGAGUUGAGGAAGCUGCGGUGUUUCAGUGGUGGUCUCAACACUUCAAGAGACGGUUCAAAGUACAUUGCAGUUGCUGCACCACCACCAUCGGAAAUCGACUGGCGCAUCAAAGGCGCGGUUACUCCAGUAAAGAACCAAGGCAAUUGCGGUUCUUGUUGGGCGUUUUCAGCUACUGGUGCGAUAGAGGGUCAAAAUUUUUUGGCAACCGGCAACCUUGUCAGUCUUUCAGAGCAACAACUUGUUGACUGUAGUUCCGAGUACGGCAACAACGCAUGCAAUGGCGGACUGAUGGACAAUGCGUUUAAAUAUGUGAGGGAUUCAAAUGGGAUAGACACGGAAGCUAGUUAUCCCUACAUUUCUGGCGAAACUGGUGCCGCCAAUCCCACUUGCCGUUUCAACUUGAAGGAAGCCGUUGUCAGGGUCACCGGAUACAUCGAUUUACCGGGGGGCCAAGAGUCCGAGCUAAAAAGUGCCGUCGGACAUCAUGGUCCUAUAUCUGUAGCAAUUAACGCCGGUCUUCCAACCUUUAUGAGUUAUAAAUCAGGUGUCUAUUCUGACGAACAAUGUUCGCCGGAUGGUCUGGAUCACGGUGUAUUGCUUGUUGGCUACGGGGAAGAAAAUGGAAUUCCCUACUGGUUGAUAAAAAACAGCUGGGGUCCGCACUGGGGAGAAAAUGGCUAUGUGAAGAUCCUGCGUAACCAUAACAAUCUUUGUGGCGUAGCUUCAAUGGCUUCCUACCCUCUCAUGUAGUCUUCUGGCUCCGAAUUGAUUUCGCCACUGCUUCGCUGUACACGAAUCUCUUUCAUGUGUUCUUAUUCUUCGGUUAACUGCAACUCAUUCUUUUAUUCUUGGAUGUGAAGCAUAACUUUUAUCGUGAAUCAUGUACGUACGAUUCAGUUUUUUUUAUCAAACGGUGAAUGGAAUUACCGCCAAUUAGAGCCUUUGUUCAUUUUCGAGACUGAAUAUUUUUAUGCAGGCAAUAAAAGUAGUUACUGAUUUCCUGGGCACAUACUUGUCUUGCACUGUCUUCCUUCGAGUGCAUAUUGCCUUCGUCUACAGAGCUCUCGUGGGCCAUCCGUUACCUACAAAGUUACAGAGCUCAUAAUGCAUAUCUAACUUUCCUGUUAAGCACCACUGUAUUUUGGACUAACGGAUUGAAAUUUUAAGUUAUCCUUGUUGAGAAACGUCAAUCAAGGAUACGACAUUGUCUUCGGUUUCAGAGGAUGACUGAAUAUGCGCAGUGGUAACCGCUGUCAUGUCACCACUAUUGGCAGCAACACCUGUUAUACUGCGUCGCUUAUCCGACUGUGCAAAGUUGCUGUUCACUUUCUCCUGUACUGAUUAUUGCUUUGGAGAUCCAACUUCA